AGAGCAAGCAACUUGCGGGACUCCCUUGUUGCCGAACAUGGGCUCCUUCUUUUACUUCGCUUAAAGUUCACUUCUAAAGUGUACCAAGGAGGAAAAGAAGCACUUUAAAAAAAAGGGUGCGUUGAAGAAAGAACCGGGACAUCUCGCAUCCACUUCGAGCAAAGAAAAGACGAGAGAAAGCAAAAGAGGAAGGAGAAAAGGCAUCUUUCUGUUUUUGGAAUCUACAACUUUGGCAAGCCUUGAACCAUUCCAGCUCUUCCAAGGACUUUAGGAAGUUUGAUGCAGGCUGAGGUUGUUAGCGUAAGGCGAGCAGCGGGCCUCUGAGCGCCGAUGCCAGUGGACAUGCAGCCACACCAGGGCCUGUACCAGUAUGAGACCUCACCCAGCCAGCCCUCCAGAGGCCUCCUGUCUGCAGACCAGUCCCCCUACAGUGACGUGCCCUCUUUGCGUGCACCGCACCUCAACGGCCCUCCCCAGGAUUGCAGAGCCAUGUACAACCCUAUGACUCCCAGCAUGGGUCAUGGAUCAGGACCAGGACCGGGACAGAGCAUCGGCCACUGCUUGGAUCAGUAUAUGAGGCCCCACCAAGGUCCGAUUCCACUUGGCAUGAUGGGCCACAGGAACAUAGAAGGAAACAGCACCCCCUACUGUAACCAGAACAACAUGAUGUCCUCGCAUCACAACUUCAACUCAGAUCAGAUGAGCUCAGGUGACGGCUCGAGGUUCUCCACGCCGCGUUCCAUGCUGAAGCUGAGUAAAAAGAGAGCGUUGUCCAUUUCUCCGCUGUCUGAUCCCAGCGUGGACCUGCAGACGGUCAUCAGAACAUCUCCAAACUCCCUGGUGGCCUUUGUCAACGCCCGCUGCACGCCAAAUGGGGCCAGCUCCUACGGCCAUCUGUCUGUCAGCGCCAUGAGUCCAUCACUGAGUUACUCCGGCAACAUGAACUGCCACUCCAGGCCACAGGGAUCCCUCUACGGGGGAGGUGGGGUGACACCUCUGGGGUCACACACCACAGCCGCAUGCCAGGCGUCCCGGUUACCCCCCCACAAUCCUCGUCUCCAUGUUCCACCCAAGCAAGGACAGCUGAAGACUGAGCCUGGGCUUGUGGGGGUGAUAGAUGGCAUCAAUGUGAAGAGUCUGGAGGAGAGGUCAGAAGGAGAUGUAGCCAGCCCUUCCUCUACUGGUACUCAGGACCCCCUUUUGGGUCUCCUGGACGGCAGGGAUGACUUGGACAGGGAGGACGGAAAACCUGAACCUGAGGCCGUCUAUGAAACCAACUGCCGCUGGGAGAGCUGCAACAAGGAAUUUGACACGCAAGACCAACUCGUUCAUCACAUUAACAACGAGCACAUCCACGGCGAGAAGAAGGAGUUUGUCUGCCACUGGCAAGAGUGUUCUCGUGAGCAGCGGCCAUUUAAAGCCCAGUACAUGCUGGUGGUUCACAUGCGCAGGCACACGGGAGAGAAACCACACAAGUGCACUUUUGAAGGCUGCAAUAAGGCGUACUCUCGUCUGGAGAACCUGAAGACCCACCUACGCUCUCAUACUGGAGAGAAACCAUACGUGUGUGAACAUGAGGGCUGCAACAAAGCCUUUUCCAACGCUUCGGACCGGGCCAAGCACCAGAACCGAACCCAUUCCAAUGAGAAACCGUAUGUCUGCAAGAUCCCCGGUUGCACCAAGCGCUACACUGACCCAAGCUCGCUACGGAAGCACGUGAAGACUGUGCAUGGACCUGAGGCCCACAUUACUAAGAAGCAUAGAGGGGACACAGGCCCACGGCUGUCAGGCUCAGCUUUGACCCCCGGAGGAACCGGUACUGAAUUACUGCUGGAGAAAGAGGAGAAGCACCGAGAGGACUGCAAACUUAUGGCUCCUGAUAUUGCUCUGAAAUCCCAGCCAAGCCCUGGCGGUCAGUCGUCCUGCAGCAGCGAACGCUCCCCACUGGGCAGCACCAACAACAAUGACAGUGGGGUGGAGAUGAACCUGAACGCGGCCGGCAGCCUGGAAGAUCUCACAGCUCUGGAGGAUGGAGUCGCACCCGCAGCAGGUGGAGGCGAAGGGCUAGGAAGCGCGGGGGGAACGAUGGGGAUGUCGGCUCAGGCCCUGAAGAGACUGGAGAACCUGAAAAUUGACAAGCUGAAGCAAAUCCGAAGGCCGAAUCCCCCCAGCCGUUGUCUUCCCAACAAGCUUCCCGCACUCCCGUGUUCAGCUGAUACGAUGGGAAUGUGUGCAUCUUCUUCACUCCUAUCAAAUCGCCGUGUUAUGGAGCUAUCCAACCACGACAUGGGAGGCGGGACUUCAGUUACCGCCAAUGCGAGUGACAGAAGAGGAAGUGGGACCAGCAGCCUUAGCUCCGCUUACACAGUCAGCCGUCGUUCCUCUAUGGUGUCCCCCUACUUGUCCAGUCGGCGUUCCAGUGAUGUUUCCCAGUUGGGUGGAGCAGCAAGCGGAGGGGGACACCUUUUGGCCCAAGAUCAGAGCGCAGGUGAUCCCCUUUCUCCUGAGACCAGUCGGCGAGGAGGUCCCUGUCCGGGAAGUGGAGGAGGAGCGUUGCCAGGUCUUUCUACUCUAACACCCGCCCAGCAGUACAGUCUAAAGGCCAAGUAUGCUGCAGCGACUGGUGGUCCUCCGCCUACUCCCUUACCUGGCAUGGAGCAGCCACUCACUCCAGGGAGAAGAGGAGGUAUCAUGAGCGACUACCAGGGGCAACCGCUUCCUCCUUUCAUUCAGCAAAGCGGUCCACGUCGGCAUAGUGCCAACACGGAGUACGGCACUGGUGUCAUCUACCCGCACCAAGCUCCUGGCAACAACAACAGGAGAGCCAGCGAUCCGGUGCGAUCGGCAAUGGAUCCACAAGCCCCCCCAAAACGUUUCAACAGUCUCAAUAACGUAUCCAUGAUGGGGCGAAGAAAUGCUCUGCAACAUCAGGACCACCGCACCGCUAGCGUGUCUCGCCACAUUUAUUCCCCUCGACCACCCAGCAUUACAGAAAAUGUAAUGAUGGAGGCCAUGGGUAUGGAGCCUCAGCUGCCCCCUUUAGAUGCCAGAAACCAGUCCAUGAUGAUCCCACCUGGGGAGGGGGGGUUCAUGGGAUACCAGCAGCAGAUUCAUGGAGGAGUGGGAGGACCUCUUUCAAAUCAGCUCUCUUUAAGCCAUGACGCUGUGGGCGGUCCAGACCAAAAUUACAUGAAGGGGCACUACCAGACCCAAGGAGGGGAUGUCGCCUCCAGGGUUGGUGUGAAUCCAAGAUCUGUUCACCCGGACAGGAAUAAUACGCUUCUUCAGCAGGCUGAAUACGGCAUGAGCAACUGCCAGCUCAGCCCCUCGGGCCACCAUUACCCACCCUUAGAACAAGGGGGCGGGGCCGCCCAGUGGAACGAUGGCCACAAUCAGGUCCAAAAUUCUCUCCAGCAGUACUCAGAUCCUAGCAUGCAACCUCAGCAAGUCCACUUCAGUAAUCAAACAGGUCUUUACGAGGGGACCCAUAAACUCACAAUCAAACCCGAGCAACAGUUCCACCCCGGCAUGGGGGGCGGGGAUGCAUGUCAGAGUGCGAAACUACAACAACAACGACUCCUUCUCCAGCAGGGUUACCCCCAACAGACGGGCCGGGCUAUGAUGAGGAACUCCAGCUGCGACUUUCAAGGACAGAACCAAAACUCCUUUUCCAGUGGUGGAGGACUGAGUUUGGGUUGUGCUGGUACUGCUCUGGCUGAGGGGCAGAGGUCAGAAACCCCCAUGAUGCAGGUCAAGGAGAUGAUGGUGAGGAACUACGUGGAGUCCCAGCAAGCGCUCAUGUGGGAGCAACAACAAGAACAGCAGCAGAGUAGAAUAAAAGCACCUUCAAUUUCGGACAUGACUGGCCAGGCAGCCAUGAUGCAACACAGUCCUCAGCACCAAAACCAGAAUCUUUACCCCAACCAGCAAUACGCUGCCUACCCCAAACAGAACAUGGUCAUGAGCCCACCGGCCCCCAGUCGAGGACCCAAUUCAGCUACACCAAAAGAACAGCAGAUGAUGGGGCUCCAAGAUUCCUGCUAUGGUCAGGAAGUGGUUGUCCCCAGACCCCCUCAAGGACGGAAACCCCUCAGUCGCCAGAACAGUAUGUCACAAGUAGGAGGCGGGUACAUGGGAAGUCCACAGCAGCUUAGCCCUGCCCAUUCCAAUUCCAGCCCCAGAAGAGGGGUCCGGCUGCCUCCAGUCCAGCAACCACAACAUGAAAUGUUCUCCCCUUCUAAUAACAACAUCUACUACUCCGCCCACAUCCACAUGGAUACCCAGAAUGGACCCUGUCUCCCUCAGCAACACAACUUGGGCUCCACUCUAGACCCACCAACUGGCACAAAGCCUGCCCCCUUGGCUUCCUAUUCAGAAUCCGUCCCCAUUCCCAACGCCUUAGAAAACCUGGACCUGGACAACGCUCGCAUAGACUUUACCUCCAUUAUUGAUGAUGCCGAGCCCUCGCCGUUCAGUCCGCUCAACCAUCCCAUUCAGGGUCAGCCGCGAUCUUCCUCCCAGGCGUCAUCCCGUCUCACAACUCCGCAGACAUCGGUCAGCUUGUCCAACAUGGCAGUGGGUGACAUGACGUCCAUGUUGACCUCGUUGGCUGGGGAAAAUAAGUACCUGAACACUUUAUCGUAGGCCGACAAGAAAUAUCUCUGGAGUCUCGAGAGUUUUAUAUUGCCGGUCCAUUCUAAGGUACUUUGUGGAAUUAUGAGUUAUGCUCCUCGGCAUUGUCAGGAGUCAGUGGGGGUAACUGGGACAUAGUACAGAUGCCUCCUGUAAGCCUUCCUCCUGAGGUGUUCCAGGCUUCCCAACCAGGAGUAGACCCCUUGGGUAGACCUAGGACAUCCUGGAGGGUUUUACCAGGCAACGCCUUGGUAAAACCUGGUGGAACUGAAGGAGGUGGCCGCAGACAGAGAAGUCUGGGCUCCUCCUUGACCUGCUGCCCCGCCCCCUCCCACAACGACCCAGCAACAAGGACAUGCAAACGAUAAGCAAAAAAAAAUGCAUGGAUGGAUUAGUCAGGGAUAUUUUUUUCCUACAAAGGCGAGGAACUGACACGAUAUUCCAGCACAAAAAAAACGCCUUGAAACAUUAAAACCAAAGGUGCCUGAUUGUUUGUGAACAUUGCCCCCCCCCCCCCCCCAAAAAAGAGGCAUUCCAGUGGCGAAUAGAAGGAUACAUGUAAAUAAUACAUUAUAUAUACACAUUAUACUGUAUAUGUUGUGUAUACGACAAAUAAGACAAACCUUUUGUCUUGUGAUGCUUUGCGAUGUUAAUACAAUGAAGUUCUUUUAAGCGGUCCGGUUAGAAAAAAAAGGUACUACUACUAACCGUUAAUCUCCUGUACUUUGUAUCAUGGCCUAUCAGUAUUUCCACACAAUGUACACAUACGCAGACACUCAGGUUCAUGUUAAAAUGACUUGUAGCAACUUUACAUAUUGUCAUAUUGUUUGUGCAAACACAAGAUAAUUGCAAUAAAAGUAUCAGGAGUGGGCAUUACCUUUAUAAACAAUAGAGGAUACAUUUAUGACUAAUUGGCAUUUUUUUUUAUGAUGGGGGAUUUUUACUUUGAAUGUUCAAAACUCUUGUUUACAUGCCAGUGUUGCAUUGAGAAGAGAAAUCCUCCCGAUUUGACAGCAAGAUGAGCAACUGAAGCAAUAGCGCCUCUCUUUGGUUACAGCAAGUAGUGCACUCUAUUGUACUCACGUGCUCAGUGCUGCAUGUUAACCUACAAAGCAUAGAAUGCACAGCCCAGCAUAUGUUAGAUAGAAAUGUACAAUGACAAAUUAAAGGUAUAUUCGUUUGAUAUAUUUGCACAAGUCACACAUUUAAAUCUGUAAAAGGUCCUUUAAAGAUGGUAUACACUCGAAAAAUAAAUGUUUAGCCUCAACAAAAAAAAAAUCAACGCAACAAUUUCCAUUAUAGUCUUUCUUAGUUAUGACAACUUCAUUUGAAAUUGCUUUGAACCAACAAACAAUAUUGCAUUGCACAAAUUAAAAUUGUUGAAUAAUUAUAAUUGUUGUCAUAGGGACAAGUUUUUUAAGUUGGUAACUCAAAGAAAUAUGUUAAGUCAACUGACUUAAUCAUUUUAUUCAAAGUAGUUUAAUUUGUUGUCUACUUAA